CCUAUUGGAGAAAUGAGUUUGAGGGUAAUAAUGGGGGGGCUGAAUACCACAUCUGAACUCUGAAGGGGUGGCUAUAAUCAAUGUAGAUAAACUCACCUGUGAAUUUACUGACAAACUCUAAACAGGUACCAGGGAGAGCAAGAAUGAACAGAAAUGUUUAUUCCUCUGCUAUACAUGUAUACAUUUUCUCAGAAGAUGGUUAAAAGCAUAUCCCUUAGCACAGAAUUACUACUGUGCCGAAUCUUACACCCCUGUUUCAAACAAUACUGACUCUAAAAUAUCCUCAGAAAAGAGUAUUGUUGGGGUUUUUCUAUCUACAUAUGAACAAAAUAUUUUUUUUCUUUACUAAGUUUUGAGAAACAGCUGACUCAUCCUUACUGAAUGUUCCCAAAAUUUGCCUGAGGUAAGCACUAAGUAUGGAUUUCUUCCUCAUUACUUAUAUUGGCAAAGGUAGAAGAAGUAGUAUACAAAAUACUGUUAUUGAACAACUUUAAUAACUUUCAAAAUAGGCUGUUGCUCCCUGAACCAUAACUUACUGAAUUUAAAAAGAAAAAAAAGAAAGAAAUUCAUAUGACAUUUAAAACUAGAAAGGCUGAGAAGAUUCUUUGCUUGAAAACAUGUGACAUUUUCUGAUUGUAAAGAAAAGCAUGUUGUAACUGCUUCCCUCUGGACAAGAAGAAAGCAUUUUAGGAUGAGGCUUUCUUUCUUCUACUGGGAAUCUCUGUUGGUUUGGAAAUAGGUAGGGGAUGCCGUUUCCAAGUCAUUCUCCACAGAGGAACAUUUCCAGUUUUUUUAAAUGAACUGUCAGAAAUUGCAUUACUGUGUCCAAGACUGAAGAAUAGUUGCAUUCUUUUUGAAGACAAAAGAUAUUGUAUCCACAGUAUAUAUAUUGAAACAGGAGUGCAGAAUUUCAUGUUUACAUAAAACCAAUGUUAAGUUUACAUCACCUUAGAACUAGAUUUUACCAUUAAUUGUAUGAAACCCUAUGGAUUAAUUCCCUGUAUUUUUCAAAAGGCAUAGGAAAUCAGGAAGAGUAUGAAUGGUAAACGUUAACAUGCUGUACCUCUGUAUCCCUCUUUUGACAGCAACGAGUGCAAAGCUAACUGCACAAGUAAUCUGUGGCAAGGAGCACUGGGAGACAGCUAAAAGGCAGUGACAAUGUCUUUAAACUGGCAGACACUUCCUACUCGACUUGGAGUUUUUAAAGUGAACUGCAAAGGACUCGCAUGCCUCUUGGUCUUCACCGUGAGUGUUUGUGGCAGUGCCCCAGGGAUGUGUCCAGCAGCCUGCAUCUGUGCCAGUGAUAUUGUAAGCUGCACAAAUAAGAACCUCACUCGAGUGCCAGGAAAUCUUUAUAAAUGUAUGAAAAGGCUGGAUCUGAGUUAUAACAGAAUUGGGAUUUUGGAGCCUGAAUGGGUCCCAGUGCUGUCUGAGAAACUGAACACUUUAAUAGUCAAUCAUAAUAGCAUUAGCAGCAUUAACACUGGAAGCUUUUCCACAACUCCAAAUCUGAAGUAUCUAGACUUGUCAUCCAACAGCCUGAAAACACUGGGCAGCCCUGUGUUUCAGGAGCUAAAGGCAUUGGAGAUUCUCCUGCUGUACAACAAUCAAAUAACCCAGAUCGAGUCUUUAGCCUUUGGAGGAUUGUACAAAUUACAGAAACUGUACCUAAGCUACAACUUGGUCUCACAUUUCCCACUGGACUUAUAUGUUGGAAAACAUAAACUGACAGACCUUGUGUUGCUGGACAUUUCCUUUAAUCACAUCCAGACGAUGCCUGUUCAGCGCCUGAGUUCAGUGCCAGCCAAACAACUUAGUGGAAUUUAUCUUCAUGGCAACCCAUUCUAUUGUGACUGUGUCCUGUACUCCAUGCUAAUCUUCUGGUAUCAAAGGCAUUUCAGCUCAGUGGUGGACUUCAAAAAUGAGUACAGCUGUUUGUUGCAGUCAGACCCAAGAGGUCAUAAUAAACUGCCUUUACUAUACGACAAUGUUAUGAAUUGCUCUGAAAGUACCGUCAACAGCUCUUUCCAAGCCUUUGGGUUUAUUCAUGAUGGCCAGGUUGGUGACAGGCUGAUUGUACACUGUGACAGCAGAAUCAGUGAUAUAGGCACACAGUUCAUUUGGGUUAGUCCAGACAAUAGAUUGCUGGAGCCAGACAGGGAGACUGAUAACUUCAAGGUGUUUCCUAAUGGCAGCCUGGAGAUAACGGAUGCCCAGCUAGAGAACUCAGGGCUGUAUUCCUGCAUUGCAAUAAAUAAGAAAAGACUAUUAAAUGAAACCAUAGAGGUCAGAAUAAACGUUAGCAAUUUCACAGUGAACAGAUCCCAUGCUCAUGAAGCAUUUAAUACAGCUUUUACCACUCUUGCUGCCUGUGUGGCCAGUAUUAUUUUAGUGCUGCUGUAUCUCUAUCUGACCCCCUGCCCCUGUCAAUGUAAGGCAAAAAAGAAGAAGAGGAAGCUGAACCAAAGCAGUGCCCACUCAUCCAUACUGAAUUCUGCACUGCCACAAGAGCUGCCAGCUGAUGAGAAGAAGGCUAGCACUGGUAAACGGGUAGUUUUCCUGGAACCCGUGCAUGAACCAAAACAGAGUCAGAAUGGGAAAGUAAAACUGUUUCCUAAUGACAGUGUCAUUACAGAGAGUAUCUUAAAAACUACUCGAACAAAAUCUGACUCUGACUCUGUCAACUCUGUGUUCUCAGAUACACCUUUCAUGCCACCAGCUUAGUUUGCUGCUUGUGUUUGUAUCGUGCAGUUCCAUUUCUGAAUACCUCCUUUGCCUGUAGCAAACCAUCAGGACAAACAAAUAAAAAGAGAUAAAAUGUUUUAAAAA